GGGGCGUGGCGGCAGUUGCUGGGGCGGGCCCGGUAGCCGCGGGAGCUGCACUGCCCAGGGGUUCCGGCUGCUGUUCCAUGAGCGCCGCGGAGCUGCCAGGAACCGGACUGGGGGCGAGCUGGGCCGCUGUAGUCAACCACACACAGCUUUUAGGUGAAUCUGAAUAAGAGAUCUGACCUGCCCGGCCCAGCUGCACAACAUUUCAAGUUCAUAUUCCCACCUAGAGAGGAGCAGAGUACAUAGGUCAGGAUGAAUGCCAUGCUGGAGACCCCCGAGCUCCCGGCCGUGUUUGACGGGGUGAAGCUGGCCGCAGUGGCCGCCGUGCUGUACGUGAUCGUCCGCUGUCUGAACCUGAAGAGCCCCACCGCCCCCCCUGACCUCUACUUCCAGGACUCGGGGCUCUCGCGCUUUCUGCUCAAGUCCUGUCCCCUUCUGACCAAAGAAUACAUUCCGCCGUUGAUCUGGGGGAAAAGUGGACACAUCCAAACAGCUUUGUAUGGGAAGAUGGGCAGGGUGAGGUCGCCACACCCGUAUGGGCACCGGAAGUUCAUCACCAUGUCCGAUGGCGCCACUUCGACCUUCGACCUCUUCGAGCCCUUGGCUGAGCAUUGUGUUGGAGAUGACAUCACCAUGGUCAUCUGUCCUGGGAUCGCCAACCACAGCGAGAAGCAGUACAUCCGAACCUUUGUUGACUACGCCCAGAAAAAUGGCUACCGGUGCGCUGUGCUCAACCACCUGGGCGCCCUGCCCAACAUUGAACUGACCUCGCCACGCAUGUUCACCUACGGCUGCACCUGGGAGUUCGGCGCCAUGGUCAACUACAUCAAGAAGACAUACCCCCUGACCCAGCUGGUCGUCGUGGGCUUCAGCCUGGGCGGUAACAUCGUGUGCAAAUACUUGGGGGAGACACAGGCGAACCAAGACAAGGUCCUGUGCUGCGUCAGCGUGUGCCAGGGGUACAGCGCGCUGAGGGCCCAGGAGACCUUCAUGCAGUGGGACCAGUGCCGCCGCUUCUACAACUUCCUCAUGGCCGACAACAUGAAGAAAAUCAUCCUCUCGCACAGACAAGCUCUGUUUGGGGACCAUGUGAAGAAGCCCCAGACCCUGGAGGACUCGGACCUGAGCCGCCUCUACAUGGCCACGUCCCUGAUGCAGAUCGACGACAACGUGAUGAGGAAGUUCCAUGGCUACAACUCCCUGAAGGAGUAUUACGAGGAGGAGAGCUGCAUGCGGUACCUGCACAGGAUCUAUGUGCCCCUCAUGCUGGUUAACGCGGCCGAUGACCCAUUGGUACAUGAAAGUCUCCUCAGCAUUCCAAAGUCUCUCUCGGAGAAGCGGGAGAACGUCAUGUUUGUGCUGCCUCUGCACGGGGGCCACCUGGGCUUCUUCGAGGGCUCCAUGCUGCUGCCCGAGCCGCUGACGUGGAUGGACAAGCUGGUGGUGGAGUACGCCAACGCCAUUUGCCAGUGGGAACGCAGCAAGUUGCAGUGCGCCGACGCGGAGCAGGUGGAGGCCGGCCUGGAGUGAGGCCCCCGGACUCUGGCGCCCCGGCUGCCCUCCUUGAACUGGCGUCCCUCACCGGCUGUUCAGGUCUCCCCCUCCCUCAGUGACCUGGAUCUGACCUCACACCGUCAGCGGGGGCCACCGCCGGGCACACCUGUCUCGGGGUGGGCGGCUACCCCGGGAGCUCCAGGCUAUUUUUGUGCUUAGUUCCUUGUUUCCUCCAUUGCUUGUUAGCCAUGGUGACACACGCCAGACAGCCUCUCACCCUCCUGUCCAGUUGAGCAUCAUAUCAUGAUUGCUUUUAAGCCAAUCGCAUCUAGUUUCCCUAUGAAAAACGUGUCGGGACAGCAGUUUGCUUUGCCAAUCAGAAGGCUCUCCCCCAGGAACAAUGAAGGACGUCUGUUAUUGGUGGUGGCCCUAUGUGUCCUCGUGUAGACCCGGAAAAGCGCUCCCCAGCGCAGCCCCUGCCGGAGAUGCGGGUCAGCUCCGAACCUGGGGUCCCGGGGCUCCCGGCCGCAGCGUGGCCUCUUAAGGCAGAGAAAACCCCCUUGAUCACAAGCCAAGCUUCCCCCUCGCUCUCUCCUAGCCGGUCUCCCAGCCCCUUGCUGGUGAUGAGAGUGACCUGGGGCGCUUAUUAAAAAUUCAGCCUCCCGGGUCCCUCCCCUAGGGGCAGCCCGUGCGUGGGCCUGGGAAAGGGCCUGGGGAUUUUAAUUUUUGACAAGUGCCCCCGGUGAUUCUCAUCGCCAGGCAAAUUUGGGAAACACUGUCUGCAGGGCCUUUAAAUUAGAAACAUCUCGGUAGCUUUUUUAGUAAAAUCCGUCGUCGGAGGGGUCACCCGGCUCCCAGGGGCCUCCAAGGCCUGCCCCCUGUGCCCACACCUGACUCUGCUUCUCACUGGCUAUAUGACCCUGGAAGAGCCCCCUUGAACUUGACGUUCCUCACCUGUAAAAUGGGGGACUUGGACCAGGCGGAUUGCCGGCCGAGAUCACUACCCGCCCUAAAGUUCAAUGACAAACUCACUUUCCUGAGGUUUGAGAGACCACCCCUCCCGGGGGCCGCCCUCCAGUCCAAACAUGUAGAUGUCAUCAUUUGCCUUUGUUUGUUCCUCGUGUCAUAUAAAGCCGUGUGUGGGGCCUUUAUUAUGCACUCAUUUGUAAUUUUAUUUUGUAACCCAGGUCUCUCCAACUCUGGCUUUUGAUACCAAACAAUUCAAAAGUUGGACCCGAGUUUGGAGAAAGACCUUCCCAGCCUGAGGUGUUUUGCAAGCAGAUUUUUACCAUCAUAGCCUGUUGUAGGCUGUAGAGGUCUCUCCGAAGGUGUCUUCCCCAAUGAAAAUGUCACCCUAAGUUUCAAGUACUUUUCUCCAAUCCUGUGGUACUUGAAUGUCUAAAAACCCUUGCACUUGGAAAAAUCUGCCAUUGCUGUCGGCAGCGAAAUGGAACUAUGAGAGAAAUUGCCUGGAUACUUCAAAAUGUUCCCUGCUUCAUCUCCUUUGUCCCGGGGCAGACAGGAAUAGAAAAAGUGGGUCCGUGUGGAUGUGGAAGGGGUGGAGGGAGUCACCUGGGGGCUCCCAGGCCGACCCCUGUGGCCGCAGGUGGUCACAGCUUGAGCAUUGGUCCAAGUGACUGUGACAGGAACGUCUGUGACCUGGAGAAAUUAUUUGCUGACAAUCAUUAGAUCGAACUAACAAAUAACAUCAAAAACAGCCAUGAUCUCAAAAGAUGAUGAUUCCUGUGGUCCGGACUUGGCUGUGGUUUAUACACACACCAAGUUUGUCCUUGUGACUCCCUCCCCCACCCCCCAAGUUGUUAUCUUUCUAGUGCUUUUCCUCUUGGCGUUGUUGUGGCACAAAGUGGCACUUUACCAUCUAACCCUGCAUUUGGAAGCGUGUCCUUCUCCCCUGUCACUUCCCCGCCACCCGACAGCCACCGCUGUCUCCCUUCAUUACUUAAGACUUUCUGUGACAUUCGGUAAACAAAGCAAUAACUUCAUAGGUUUGUGUGACCAUCCCAGGAAGCCAGCGGCUCCUGUCAUUUGCCCCGGCCCCCUCUCUUGCCCUGUUCUGAGGAAGUACGGGCCAGGUACCAGCUCCAUCGGGAAGAGAAAAGACAGCGUUGUCACCCCCCGGGGUGCCCGGGACAGAAGUGCUUAGAGCCUGGUCUGCACGGCAGUCCAGUCCGAGGCAGGUGUCCCUCCGGGGGUGGGGGGAGAGGCAGAGUUUGGGGCACCUCCUUUGUUGUUGCCACCCAACCGGAAUUCACCCCCCAGGGCUGCGAGGGUGGCGUCCCAGCUGAGCUCUUUUCAGUGUGUGACUCUGAAUGGCGCUCACACGAGGUCCACUGAAGCCCUUUGUUCAGCGCAUGGAAAUGAGAGGGUGGCUGUGGCCGUCUUAACAGGGACAUUCUUGUUUGCCCUGAAUGAGCGCACAGGGCAUUGAAUCUGCAGAGAUGCGAACUCGCUGGUAAACAAGGGAGCGGCGUUUUCUAUGUAGGUCAGCUUCCUCCUUCCUCCCUCUUCCCUUCGCUUCUCUUCUGAAGUCCUUCUUUCUGAUGGUGAGGGGAGCGCUCAUCUGGCUAUUAAGGCCCCACUUGGCCUAAAACUAGGGCUUUUGAACACUCUAUUCUGAAACCAGAGGAAGGAUGUAAGUUGCAUAGACCCAGACAGUUCAAUCGCAGGAAUAACACGUUAAAAACGGGGGGGGGGGGGGGGGGGUGCCCAUGUUCCUCCCUGCCUCCUAAACCAUUUGAAGGCACUGAUGAGUAAGCAAUUCCAGUCAAAUUAGGAUUUUCUGAAAAAUGGUGUCAGGUCUCCUUGAUGCACUUCUGUUAGAGGGCGCUUAACAGCCUUGAAGAAAACCCCUUGCCCUGGCCAGUUUGGCUCAGUGGAUAGCGCGUCGGCCUGCGGACUGAAGGGUCCCGGGUUCGAUUCCGGUCCAGGGCACAUACCUCGAUUGCAGGCUCCCGGCCUUGGUCAGGGGCAGGUGGGAGGCAACCCAUUGAUGUGUCUCUCUCACAUCGGUGUUUCUCUCUGUCUCUCCUUCUCCCUUCCACUCUCUAAAAAUCAGUGGAAAAAAUAUCCUCCAGUGAGGAUUAAAAAAAGAAAGAAAGAAAGAAAACCCCUCACUUCUCUGCUGUGACUUUACACCAGGACCAGGACGGCCUGGAGCGGAAGGUUGUUUGUGGUCACCCUCCUUGUAAGCUCUCAGCGGCAUUUCACACUUGGCGGGGGUUGGAGGGGGCAGUGUGCCUGGAAGGGGAGCGCCCCUUUCUGGGCGUGGUGUUAGGAAGCAGGGUGCAGGGGACCUGGGUGCUUGUCCUGCCUGUCCCUCAUUCACCCUGGAUGGGGGCAGUCGCUUCACCCCCCUGAGCCCCAGGGAUCCUAGACCAAGCAUGUCAAACUCGUGGCCGGCGGGCCACAUGCCUCGAGGCGGGUGGCCCACCGGCGGGCGUGAGUUUGACAUGCUUGUCCUGGACCGUCUCUAAAACCAUUGAUGUAUGUACAGGUCAUUUUCCCGAACACUCCCACUGGCCUUCUGCAGCUCUUGCUUUAGAAUCCGCUGAGUCAGGGCCCCCGGCUCCGCUGGAGGGGCCUGGGGGAGGGAGCUGCUGCAUUAGGCUUUGCGGUGAAGACCCUCGCCCUCGCCCUUGCCCUUGGCUUCUCCUCAGCGUCUCCAUCCUCAUCUCCAUGUCCUUGCUGUCCCGAGGUUUGGCCGCGUGACCAGGGCAGGUGCAGCGCUGGCGCGAGGCCGGUGGCCCAUCUUUCUGUGUGACUCGGGCAGAGCGCUGAGAGUUCCCGGGGCAGACACCCUUCCAGCUCCGGCUUGCAUUCUCCAACCCCGUCUUCAUUAAAGCCCCACUCCCCGGGUAGGGCAGCCGAGAAUGAGAGCGCGCUUUGUCGCCGUGCGACUUGCGGGUCGUUUCGCCAGCUCCAGGGGGACAAUGCGUGUGUUCUUGUGGGUGUUUGCCAGGCAAGCAGAUGUCUGGGAUGUGAGGGGCCCUUCUUUUCCCGGGGCCUCGGCCCUGGCUUGCAGGUG